AUUUGAUUAUAUUGAGAUUGUUAAGUUGAAGACUCAAAUACAUAAGGCCCAAGCCGGUGAAUAUCACAUGACCUGCCACAAAGUUCUCGAACCAUUCGGCUUCGAAUUCUGAUAUAGAACACAACUUGCUACAUGCAUUAUUUUUGAAUUAAUUUCUGGAGGUAAGUUGAUUUUUUAUUGCAUACGUUGAUGCUAUGUUUCUGUUUUAUUUUAUCUGGAUUUUCCUCUGGGGUGUGGGUGUGGAAUACAUAUGCUGUGAACUCGAGUUGAAAAAAAAAAAAAAAAAAACCAAAAAAACCAAAAAUUGUCUGCGGGGAAGGAUGAAAUACAUCCAAGAGAAGGAAGGAAAUGGGAG